AUGUGGGCAGAGAUGAACCAGAGGAGAAUGGCACUGGUUGAGGAGAGGCUGGCGAGGCCCGGAAUGGCACUGCUGCCGGGCGUAGGGGGGAGGAGAAGACAGGUGGCCCAGGUGGAGUACUGA